UGCCAGUGCAAUAACCAGUUUUGAAAAGAAAUCGUUUGGUGUGUUUCUUGUCAGUGGAGAAAAUGAAUGAAACGGCAGCAUUAUUGGAUGGAACACCUGCCCGUGACCCUGUCAUUACUGCCAUACACAGGCAAAAACCUUGUUUGAUCAAGCCGUUUAUUAUACCCACGCAUCUAAUAAAAUGGAUAGAACAGGAUAACCUGUAUGAGUGCACCGCCAAACCCACCAACAAAUUCACCAACCCAGUACUUCCACGAAUCACCCCAGUGACCACUAAAAAGCACCGGCGCCCAAACAAUUCCUGGAUUGAACGCACCGCCAGACGUUGAUCCGCCAAGAUACCCCAGGAAUCCGAGCGUCAGCCCGAUAACCACCGGCGCAAACAUGCUCCUGUCUGGUAUUUUGCUCUCGCUCGGAUCAAUUUGAAGCUCUCUCUUGUCCCUUUCUUCUUUCUGCUUUUUGUAUGGAUUCGCUGCCAUGGCGAACACCGAAAAAACGAGUAUGCCGGUAAGAAACAUUUCGAUGCAUAUCACUUCUCCUGUUGUCGCGUCAUCGGCCUGUUUAGGCCGUAUGAUAUUCAUCAACGGCCUGAACGAUCCGGGAAAGCAUCCCUGCACGACCAAAGAGGCAAUCAUGAAUCCGAUGCCUUGCGCAAUGAUGUAGAAGAAGCCGCUUAUUAUCGGCACCUUACGAAAAAUCACAGCUGCAAAUGUUAUAGCAGGAUUAAAAUGUGCAAGUGUCACGUCCACAAACAGGAAUAUGAUCACCACACUGACAAACCCGAUCGAUAGUCCUAUCAGUAUCGGGCCCGCAACUAUGCCGUUGAGCGUGGUUGUCAGAAUGGCAGAAUACACCGUAAAGCCAAAAAUGAAGGAACAUGCGCAUUCUGCGAUGUAAGACUGAAUCUUUGAGUAUUGGAUUGAUAGUGGCAUGUCUCAAAUUUUUGUUGUUUAUUUAAAUGCCCAUCAAACGAUGCAUUGAUAAAUGGAUAAUUUAAUUUGGGCUUUGCAGUGCACUUUGAUCGCGUAUGUGAUAAAAUAUCGUAAAUAUUUGCUGCGAAUUAAAUAUUUGGGCAUCUUGACCAACGAUCAGAUUGAUCGUUAUUUUACGUGUGGAGCGAAUGAUAUUGGUGUUGUACUACCGGGUACCUUCCAGAAUAGAGCCGUGGGAAUGAAUAUUUUAGCGUGUGAGCGAUUUGUACGGACCAACAUUUUCUGCCGAAACGAACAUGGUACUGCAUUUCAUCCAAGUAAAUUAUUAAAAGCGGUGCUCAUCAUCCAAGUAAAUUAUUAAAUGC